UGCACCAAGUUUAUUUUUGUUUUACGUAGUUUUUAGCGUCGCGCAACAAAAUUGAAAGCCUGGCGCACAUAGUGCGAGUGCGGUUCUAUCAAAGUGCUUCUGUCUAUUUGUUGUUUAUAUUUUUUAAGUGAAAAUGCGUUAAGCAACAAAAUUAAGAGUGGCACUAAGCAAACCGCUAAUAUAUAUAGUACACCAAUGCCAAAAUUAGCCGGUAACAAACGAAACGAACAACAGUAAGCAACAAGAAGAAGUAGAAGAAGCAGCAGAGCAAAAGCAGUAGCAGCAGCGGCAACAGGUCCCUGAAGAAUGUACACAUGACAGGGCAUAAAGAGCCUAAGCUCAGCAUCCUACGCACCCACUCACACGCACACACACAUAGACAUAUGUAAGCGUUUCACAAGUGGUUUGUGAGUGUGUUGUUCUGUUUUUUUUUGUUUUUUUUUUUUUGGGUGCUAAAGCAAAAAAUGCGUAGACCGUGUGCAUUAAGUCGCAAUCAUUAUUUUGUGAUUGGAUUGGUGUUGGGCCUGGUGCUCAGCUGCUAUAUACCGCAAAACAUCUGGGAUUUGGUACAGCAGGAGGAAUGCCCACAGGAAGUUGCCGAGAAUUUGCUUAUCGAGCGCUUUGGCCAGGACUUUGAACCGCAUUUGAAUUUGAUUAACAAACCAUUAGCGGCCAAAAAGCCGGUAAAAAAUGUGCUGCGUCCGCGUUACUACUCAUCGGAGCUGGGGAUACGUGAGAAGCUGUUUAUCGGUGUGUUGACCUCGCAGGAGAACAUCAAUGGCUUGGCGACCGCCUUCAAUCGGACUGUCGCCCACUUGGUGAACAAGAUCAAGUUCUUCAUGAAUGCGGACAGCGUGAAGACCAACUAUGAGCUGAAGAACAUUGUCGGGUUUACGGACACGCGCGAGAGUCGUCGGCCCUUCCAUGUGAUCAAGUAUAUUGCCGACAACUAUAUAGAUGACUAUGAUUACUUUCUGCUGGUGCCGGAUACGGUUUAUGUGGAUGCGCGUAAGCUGAAUGCGUUGCUCUAUCACAUGAGCAUCACAUUUGAUCUCUAUAUGGGCGGCGGGCGAGUGGGCGUGGCAGCAGCAGACGGAGCUGCCGCCGCUGGCAGUGAGCUGAACUAUGAUGAGUCAAAUGAUUCCGCUGGUGCGGCGGCGGCGGCGUCCCAAAGUGAUCGCAACUAUUGCGAUUUGGAAGCGGGCAUAUUGCUCAGCAGCAGCGUCAUCCGGAAGAUGAACAACAAUUUGGAUCGUUGUGUGCGGAUGGGGAUUACGAAUGAUCAUAGUGUUAACAUUGGACGUUGUGUCAAGUAUGCGAGUCGUGUGGCUGGAUGUCAGGAGACGUUUCAGGGCAUGCGGCAGUACAGUUACGCCUUGAACACUAAGACGAGAAAGUACAAGGAUCUCAGCAUAUUGGCCAAGGAGCAGGCGUUUCUCAAUGCCACCACCAUUUAUCCAGUGCAGACAGCAGAGGAUUUUUAUAGACUUCACGCCUAUCACUCCAAGCAACAUUUGGAGCUGGCGCAGCAGCGUGGCUAUGCCUUGGAACAGAAAUCCUAUCGCAUUGCCAAUGGCAGCAUUUCAAACAAAAUACUCGAGAUACGUUGGCCGCUGGGCGUGGCACCGCCCAGUGCGCCAGAGACGCGACACGAUAUGCUCAUCUGGCAAUUGAUAAAUGGCACGCAUAGUUUCUUUCCCCACGGCCAGGCGGAUCAUGCGGUGGCGCCCCUAAGUCGCAUCGAAUCGCUGGACUUUGCCAAAAUACUCGAAAUCGGCUUGCAAUAUGCCGCCCAGAAAUAUCCCAAGCUGCGCUAUCACAGUCUGCACAGUGCCUAUCGCAAGUUUGAUGCCACACGUGGCAUGGACUAUCAGCUGCACUUCAAUAUGAAUGCCGGCACCGAUUCCCAGCAGCGUCUGCUGCUCAAAAGCUUCGAGAUCGUCAAGCCCCUGGGACGCGUCGAGGUUGUUCACUCUCCCUAUGUGACGGAGAGCACGAGGAUCGCCUUGUUGGUGCCCGCCUUUGAGCAUCAGGCAUCGGAUGCUGUGGACUUUGUCUCGCAAUAUGAGCGAAUCUGUAUGCAUAAUCAGGAUAACACAUUUCUCCUGCUGAUUUUCAUUUAUCGCCCAAGUUCGCCCAGCAAAGGCGACGAUGAUCCCUUCAAGGCUCUCAAGACACUCGCGCUGGAUCUCUCUACCAAAUAUAAAACGGAUGGCUCUCGCAUCGCUUGGGUAUCCAUACGCCUGCCCGAUCACAUGAGUGCGCCUGUUUCUAGCGAGGAUUGGCUGCUCUAUGCGUCCAUGUAUGGGCCACAGCGACUGUUGAGCUUGGCCGUGGCAGACUUGGCGUUGACCAAACUGGGAUUGGACUCGCUGGUGCUGAUGGCCACACCGGGCAUGCUCUUCCAAACGGAUUUUCUCAAUCGCGUGCGCAUGAAUACGAUACAAGGAUUUCAGGUCUAUGCACCCAUCGGAUUUCAGCUCUAUCCCUGCAGUUGGGCGCAUUUCUGCAAGGAAUGCGAUACUUGCGAUAUAAGCCAGAGCUCCGGCUACUUUGAUCGUCAGAAUCAUGAUGUAAUUGCAUUUUAUAGCAGGGAUUAUGUGGCGGCGCGCAAGCUGAUGGAUCCGCUGGGAUUGCCCAUUAUACGCAACGAUCAGGAUAUAGAAGAGCUGCUGCAAUCAACGAAACGUCCAGCGGGCAUUGAGAGCAUCCUGGACAUGUUUGUGGCCGCGCAGCACUCGGUGCACAUCUUGCGCGCAAUCGAGCCGCAUUUACGCUUUGGCCUGGCGGUGAGAAAACAUCUGGGACGCGGUGGCACGUUGCCGCCCAGCUGCGGCGCCACAGCGAGCCAGUGCAUCCACCUGGCGUCACGCAAACAGAUCGGCGAUGCCAUCAUACGCUAUGAGGACAGAAGUAUUCUACACAAGUAGUAGUCGCAACAGUUGCUGUUAUACCCCAUACACACAUAUAACUAGUUAUAAACAACAGUUCCUUUUUUUAUAACGUCUAUAUAUAUAUAAGUAUCUAUUUCCAAGUGUGAGUCUGAGCGUGAGUGCGUGUGUGCC